GAAGUUAUUUAUAAAUAAAAAAAAUAAUCACUAAAUAUUCUACAGAACAAAAUUUAAUUUAUAAUAAAAAGUUAGACACACAAUGUGUAGUGUAUUUAUUUGGUUGUGUGACAGUGUGGUUAACAUGAUCAAAAAGUUUAUUUUGUAAGCUUUUCCAGACCUACAUGGAAGCAGUUUUAAAAAUUAAUACUUCACAGACUCAGAUUAAUCAUAUAUGAUUAACUUUUAAGAAAAAGGAGUUGUAGAUAUGUGGAAAAAUAAAAAAUAAAAUCGUUGCUAUGGACGUUGCUAAGAAGAUUAUUUUUAACUAUGAUCAAAUAAUCAAGAAAUAGACAUACUUUUGAAAAUUUUAAUUCAGAAUCAGAUUCCUCGUUGGUUUUUACACUUGAAACAUGAAAAACCUAAAAUUUAAAAAAAAAUUAUUUUUUUGCUAUUUUGACAGGGGUGAGCCCCCUUAAUAAAAUGAAUCAGAUUGAAGAUGAAGUUGCUGAAUUACUAAGAAAUGAUGACAAUAUUGAAGCAAACGUUGGUGAUAAUAUUGGAACAAAUUCCUUAUCAUUCGAACAAUAUCAAAAUUAUCGUUCCCAACACCCGGGACCUCUCUCAGAGAGGUCCUUCAAUAAAUGGAAACGUAAUGGCGGUAUGGAUGAGUCCUCCUUUAAAUGGAGGGCUCAUCCAUACCGGGGUUUUGGGAGACACCGAAGAAAAAACAGCAACCAAAAGGUUGUAAAUGUCUUCUAUCAGUAGAGAUAUUUAUGACUUUUUAGUUGCUGCUUUUUCUUC